AUGGUUUUAUUGACUCCUGAAAGACUACUCAACCUUGCAUAUCAUUACCCAGAUUUACACAAUACGUGGUACCUAAUAGCAACGGCAUCAUUAUUGGAAUUAAAUUUGAUUGAUGAAAUUCCUAUAAUUUUACAUUUUGCAUUAAGACAACAAUUAUUUGAAUUUUCCAAGGAUGAAGAAAGUGUUGUAAGAAAUGAAAUUAUGAUAAAAUUAGCCCUGGAUUCAAUAAAGUCCAGUGAACGUUGUGUUAGAAUGUAUUCUACUGGUGUGAAAAUUCCUGAUGUUUUAAUACCUUUAGCUUAUCAUAGAAAAAUUCCUUUAAAUUAUAAAUAUAAUCGUGGAGAAGAUAUUAUUAGGAAGCAGCAAUUUAUUGUAAAUCAAAUCAAUGAAGUAGUUUUGAAUUUAGUUUCGAUGUGUGGUUUACCAAAGGUGAUCAACGGUUUGACUGCAAUAAAAGCAGCUACGCCAACUAGAUUAUCUAAUCAUGCUUUGAAACGGAUUAAUGAAGUGAAUAUUAUUCCAAAUGAUCCAAAUGGAGUUGAAACAAUCGAUGGUCCAAUUUCGGCCUCAUCAAUUGAUACAAAAGUUAUAAAAUCAAAUCUUAUACGUGGGUCCAAUUUUUGGAAUUCAAUUUAUACAAAGGGUGUAAAUAUAAAGAUAAAAAAGCAAAUGAUAAAUGCAAGUCCGGAUUUAUGGUACUAUGUAUAUAAUCAUAUUUACUCGUAUUUGUUAAGUUAUAACACCAUUUUAACUGCCAAAAAGACUUCAUUGGUUUUAAUAGCUUGUUUAAUAAUUCAAGAUGUGACUCCUCAAUUAAAAGGACACUUGAAAGGGGCUUUGAAUAAUGGUGCUUCAGAGGCAGAAAUUGCAGCCACCAAAAAAAUGGUGUUGGAAAUUUGUGAAUGGAACGGACACUCAUGGAAGAAUCAGGUCAAUAGUGUAGCUAAGUUAUAG